CAAAAAAUCCUGAAAACAUGAAGAACGGUGUUGCUAUUUUGCUGUGUGCCCUGAUUGGUCUGGCCUCUGCUGCCGAUUACAAACUACGCACUGCCGAGGAUCUGCAGAAGACGCGCAAGGAAUGCGGAGAAGCCAACAAAGUGACUGAGGCACUGGUGGCCAAAUACAAGGUCUUCGAGUAUCCCGAAGAUGAUAUCACACGCAACUACAUCAAAUGCAUCUUUAACAAAUUCGACCUAUUCGAGGACACAAAAGGAUUCAAGGUCGAUAACUUGGUUGCCCAGCUGGGACAAGGCAAGGAGGAUAAGGCCGCUUUGAAGGUCGAUAUCGAGAAGUGCGCCGAUAAAAAUGAACAGAAGUCGCCAGCCAAUGUCUGGGCUUUCCGUGGCUUCAAGUGUUUCCUUAGCAAGAACUUGCCCCUGGUCCAGGCUGCCGUCCAAAAGAAGAACUAAACGAUGUCCAACUGAAAGGAGGAAGAAUCAGUAAAGGAAGAAGAAAGGAACGCAACAAGCCAUUCGAACACAUGCAAAGAAACCUUUGAAUUUAAAUAAAAAAUCGUAUAAUAGUGAGCUUGAAACAAA